GUUCCCGAGGGAAGGGCCAAAGAAGCAGGCAUGGGAAAGUUCUCCGCACUUUUUCCGAUUACAUCGAUUCUUUUUAAAGAAGGCAUAACACAAACCGACUGCUUAUUGCUACCGAAGGCAGCGGAGGGAGCCAUUCAAGUACACUGAGUGCUGAGAACAGUACGCCAAUAAGGAGACAAACCCCGCUUCACGAGAGAGAAAGGAGCAGAGGAUGUCCAGAGCUGACUGGUCCUUCCUGGAGCACCUACUGGAGGAGGGUCAGGAGUAUUCAACAGGCGUUGGCCGUGUCUGGCUUACCGUGCUCUUCCUGUUUCGCAUGCUGGUGCUUGGAACUGCUGCCGAGUCUGCCUGGGAUGACGAGCAAGCCGACUUUGUCUGCAACACGAAACAACCUGGCUGCCCUGCUGUGUGCUACGACAAAGCUUUCCCCAUUUCCCACUUCCGCUACUUUGUCCUCCAAGUCAUCUUUGUGUCCACGCCGACCAUCUUCUACUUUGGAUAUGUGGCUAUAAGGGCUGGGAAUGCCAAGACAAAAGAGGAGGAUGCGAAGGAGGCAGAAGAAGGUAGUGGUGGACGCAAGAAAGGACAAUUAGAAAUAAAACGUGAGAGUAAAAGUGAGUCUAAAGGUAAUGCACAAGAGAAGGAGAAACAAGAGGGUGGUGGGAAACGUUUAAGAGCUGAAAAGGCUUCACCUGAGGCUCCUAAACUGAAAGGCAGGUUGCUGUGUGCAUACGCAUUCAGCAUGUUAAAAGUCCUCUUAGAAGUUGGCUUCAUCCUCGGGCUGUGGAUUCUUUACGAUGGUUUCAUCAUUGCAGCAAAGUUUGAGUGCACGGCCACCCCUUGCCCUCACACGGUGGAUUGCUUUGUUUCUCGACCCACGGAGAAGACCAUCUUCACCAUCUACACUCAGACGAUCGCUGCCAUCUCUGUGCUACUCAACCUCAUAGAGCUCCUCCACCUCUUUCAGCUCGCCAUCUCCCAUCGACUGGAGAAACGCUACCAUGCAGAGCAACAAGACUGCCUACCUCGGUCAGAGCAAGUACCGGCCCAACAGGUGGCUCCAGAACUGCCAACGGAGCCAUCAGAACCGUACAACGCAGGGAGUGAUGUCAACUUACCCGUCCAGGGUGAAGCUACAUGCUACCCCAACCCCUGUGAAAGCUACAGGGAUCUGGCAAUAGAGGUGAACUGGGGAUCUGGGGAAAAUAUGAGUGAUCUGCUUCCAAGUUACAUGAACUGCAUGGGGGCUAUGAGGACAUCCCAUACCCCCAGAGUCCAUUAUAAGAAACAUGCACAUCACAAUGGGAAAAACAGUAAGCCUGCUCAUAAAGGACACUCAAAGCAGAAGCAUUAUGUGUGAGGCAGUCACAUGUGGUAAGGUAUUGUUUAUGACCUUUUUUUAAAUUUCUUUUAAAUAAACGCAAUCCUGCACAUGACACUUGACUGUCAGGAGUGCACAGUGAGAGUUUAAAUGAAGGAGAAACGAAGAACAGCUACUGUACUGUGAUCCUGAUGCCUCGGAGGCAGGCAGGCAAACAGCGAUUUACCAGAUAAAUGGAACUAUUCAAAACGCAACAUUUUGAGAACACUCCCCAAGGCAAAGAAAAGGACACUACACUAUGAGAGAGGACUACAGUCAUAAGAUGCCUUCAUGUCUCAUUUUAUGGAUUUAAGGGCUGAAUGCAAAUAAACUGUGCAAUGGGGGGGCCUGCCGAUUGGGGCUGGGGAUAUUCCAUGAUUGUGUUCGAGGGAGUAUGCAGUAGAAACAGAUUUAAGCAUAUUCCUCUGAGAUUUGCACUGCAGCCCCUGGAGUACUUAGAAGGCCCCCCUCCUCCUCUGUCUCCCAUGGUUCUGUCCCCUCUAUGGAAUGUAUGCUCUCUGGAUCCCGCUUUACUCCCAAGAGGAUAAUGGCUACGUGGAUGCAGGCAUGCAUGCAUGCAUGCACACACACAAUGCACUUUCCCCCUUUCACCCAGUGAGUGUCGGUCCCUCAAGUUGGGGAUAUGAACUGGGGAAGUUGUUGGUUAAAGCAAAUGAAACCAAAGGAAUUCUGGGAUUGUUAAUGACUUAUAACCAUAGUAUUUUAGCUAUGAAGAGAGAGGCAGAGAGAGGUCCACUGCAUUCUAGCUGAAUAAUGGUGGAAAGACAAACAACAAGUCACAUAAUCAAACCUUUUCGAGCUUGAGAGAGUACUCAAAAGAUGCAUUAGUGAGUGCACACAGAACGGACUGAAAGCGGUACAGAAAUGGACAAAUCUUUAAUAAAUGGAAAUGACUGAAUAAUGAAAUAUGUAAAAACUGUAUUAAAUGUUUUAUCUUUAAAGAACUAUGAAGAAGUACCAGUGUUAAUAUUUAUUAUUUUGUUAAAAAUAAAGUUUUAAGUACUGUAAAUGAA